GUGUAGCUCCAGACCAAAAAUAUUUUGAAGUAUUUCUACAUUACCUCGCGAAUAGCCUCAUUAACACUUACGUGCUAAGUUGUUUGCUGAUAAAUGGAUAUCACAAGCAAACAAGAUGACUGCAGCGUCCUAUAAAUGUGAUAAUGGAGAGAAGAAUCUCACCAAAUGUUUCCCACCCCGGACAUUGCUCAGCCGGAGGAAAGAAGCGGCUGGACAUUUGCUUGAAUAUCACAGAACGACAGACGAGCAGAACCACAGGAAUGUGCGUAGAAGAAUAAAAGAGACUCCUGAAGAAUGUGGGAACAGCAGGCGGGCUGAGACUCCUCAUAACACAUUAGAUGGGAUUUUACUGCUCAAGUUACAUUGUGUUGGUAAUCCGUCUGAGCUGUGCUCCGUUGACAUCAGUGAGCAGAAACUGAACUCUGUCAAGCCAGAAGAGCUCAAGGUGUUUGACAAUGUAGUUCACAUUGAUGCAUCUAUUAACUCCCUUUCUUUAGGGUCUUUCAGCAGUUUUGUUUCUUUAAGGCAACUCAAUGUGUCAUUAAAUCGGAUCAGCAACAUGACGUUUCAAGCUGCUGACUUCCCUCAUCUCGAGGUUUUGGAUUUGUCCUACAACAGUUUGUCUGCAGAGGAUAUUGUUUCCUUGGGUCGGCUUCCACAUCUAAAACGCCUUCACCUGACUGGAAAUCAGCUUCAUCGUCUUCCUCCUAAUCUGGGUUCCUCCAACCAUGACCCGUCCCACCUGCCAGACACACAGUUUGGAGCUCUUGAGGUCCUGAUGCUGGACGAUAACAAACUGUCCUCUGGAGUCUUCAACAGUCUGGCAAACCUUAAGAGGCUGAAGUAUCUAAACCUGCAGGGGAACCAUAUUUCUGAAAUUACAUUUUCGCAAAUUGAGGGCUAUUCCAAGCCUUUUCAGACUUCUGUUGAAGAGCAAACAUACAAAGAGGGUUUUGGCCACACUGAGACAAAUCCUAAUGCUGCUGAAAGAUCCAGCUUCCCACUACCUGAGCUUCAGUUUAUCAAUUUAGCAAUCAACAAGAUUUCUGAGGAGGAAGCGCUGAUGGCGGUCGCUCUUUUCCCGAUGCUUCGAGAAAUUGACAUUCACUCCAACCCUCUGACCACACAGAGGAGCGGAGAUCCUCCCUUACUGACCUAUUACCUCAAAGCGAAACUGGGGAUUAGGAUCAAUCGCAAAAAGACCCAAGAGCCAUUGAAGCUCUCACUGAAGGUGUCCACUGACCCUAAAUGGAAGUUCAUAGAAAGACCCCCCAAAGUGUGGAAGAAGCCCCUGUUGAUGGAGGCACCCUGUCUCACCCAAACUCAUGUGGAGAAAAGUGAGUCGACUGCAGAGGAAACACCAGAAUCUGAGAGCGGGAAUUGCAGAGACGACACCUUCCAAGAAAGCACAGAGCACUUCUUUGUUACUCAGGCAACACAAGUUCCUGAAUUUGAGUGUGAUCUUCAAGCUGAUGAAAAAGAGAUUUCAGCGAACAAAGCCGAUACCAUUCCAGAAAGAUUCUACGAAAUGUUGAUGGACACAAAACCGAAUCCCGAUGUGGUGGAGCCUGUCGGAAUUCAAACAGCUGUUCGGAUGCUGGAACACAAACUGAAGAAUCUGAAUGUUUACAGAGACUCAAAACCAAAACUUGAUAGCAUCCAGAUGCCUUACAGCAAAAGAGAGAAAAGGAUUAAGGAACUUCCGCCAUUGAAGCCGAUAAAGCAGCCAACUGAAAGGGUGGAUAAACUGAUAAAGGAAAUUAAGGAGAGUACAACGAUCAGAGAAGUCCCCUUAAGCAGGGCCAUACACGGCACCGGUGUUAACAAGCAGGAGCAAAAGGAAGCUCUGUCGCUGCUGAGGGACAUUAAGACAAAGCACAAGAUGGUCCAUAAGGAAACAAUGGAACGAGCAGCCAGCAUAGAGUCCGAGAGAAACACCAACCAAAACGGAGCUGAACCCCCACCUGUACAGAUUCUCUAAUACAUAUUCAACCUCAGAUUAACUGUGAAUUAAUUUAUUCCUUUGAUAACAUUUCCUUGAUGUUGACAUCACAACUGGUGUGAAUGGAAUGGGUGAGAAAACCAACCUUGUGUGAAAUUGUAAGUGCUUUCAUAUCGCUUUGCCUUUAUUAAGAUUGAUGGCUCAUAGCAAAGAUGAAACUGAGAAGCAAGGUAGAACUAAAUAUUUUCUAAGUCUGAUAUAAACAGUUUCCUGUCUUGUGUUUAGACUUAAAAAGGACAUGUUAUGCUCAUUUCCAGGUUCAUAUUUGUAUUUUGUUCCUCUACUCCUGUGACAUGUUGACAUGCUUUAAUGUUCAAAAAGCUAUUUAUUGGUCUAGCCUUUGCAGACCAAGUACAUGCACAAAAACCUUUACAACAGGAAAGGAGAACCCCAAAAAGCAUAAUGGGGCCUCUUUAAGUGGGAAAAAAGGUUUUGAAGGAAAAUGUAAUGUUUCAUCUGUGAAACAGAUUGGGGAGAAAUGUGCCUUUAAUGUGCCGUUUCAUUUACUUAACUUAUUAACACACGUAACAGCCAAAAGUAGAUUUUCUUCAGCUGUUUACACAUUAAAGUUACUCAGAAGAGCCAUUCCUCCUGCUCUUAUGUCAUAAACCACGAAUAGAAAACUAUUUAGAGAAAAUCCUGAUACAGUUUUUCUCUAAAAACUAUUUUAAAGAGAAAAUGUAUCAGGAGACUAUUUAUUUUGACUUGCCUUCCAGGAAAUACUGUAAUACUUAAUACUGUAGGCAAAAGUUCAUUUUAAACAACAAACCUAUUGUCUAUAGCUAGCAAGGGAUCCUUAUAUAGAAUCCUUUUGUUGGAUCUGGCUAUUUAGUUGUUUGUAAUCUAAGCAGACCCCUUCAGUUCAAUAUCUUUCAAUAUCAAAUCUCUUAUUAACCCUAUGGUUGAAAGGUCAUGUGUGACAUCUCCUGCAGGCUUACAAUAAAAACGUCAUUUAUUUCUGGUCAUGUUCUGUUCGUUCCCCUUGUGACUUCAGCCUCCUCUUACAUAUGAUUUAAA